AUGAAGCCCACCACCCGGGCAAUCCAAAGUAGCCAGUACUGUGCGCUGCGCCCUCUCUUUCUGCCUCCUGUGUGUAAUGGUGCCUUUAAUUCAAUUAAAGGUGUGGUGUUUCCUUACCAUCCAAGGCUGGGGCAUUACACAUUAAAUUUUGAAGAUGCUAAGAAAGCGUGCGAGGAGCAGGAUGGGAUACUGGCCUCUUACGAGCAGCUGCAUGAGGCGUGGCUGAAAGGACUGGAUUGGUGUAAUGCCGGCUGGUUGAAUGAUGGUUCUGUCCAAUACCCAAUUUCAAAGCCCCAGCUCCAGUGUGGCAAGUCGGACCAGGCCGCUGGCGUUCGGAACUAUGGCUACCGGCACAAAGAUGAUGAGCGAUAUGAUGCUUUCUGUUUCACCUCCAACCUGAAAGGUAAAGUUUAUUUUCUGAGGACCUAUCGGAAGCUGAACUAUGGUGAGGCGGUGAAGGCGUGUGAGAAGCAUGGAGUGACCAUUGCCAAGGUGGGCCAGCUGUAUGCAGCAUGGAAGCUGCAGUUACUAGACCGCUGCCAGCCUGGCUGGUUACAGGAUGGUAGUGUCCGCUACCCCAUUGUCAACCCCCGGGACAAGUGCGGUGGCAAGAAGCCAGGGGUCCGCACCUUCGGCUUCCCAGACAAGAAGCGGCGACUGUAUGGGGUCUACUGUUUCAAAAAGAAGGAAUGA